AUGAUUGAUUUAUUCUUACCUAUAGUCACGAUAAUCCUAAGUCUAUUGUCAAUUAUAAGUUGUGGAUUUGUAAUAUAUAUCUAUGGAAGCUUUAGAGAAUUAAGAAAUGAUCAAUUUACUAUUAUAUUACAGAUCAUUGUGUUCAAUCUGAUAUUUGAUCUCAUACUGUUUGGCGAUUCAUUUGGAUAUUUAUUUUUGAGAAACUCUACAUUUUAGAUGAGUGAGAAACCUGUUUUAUGUUAGUCUUAAUCCUUUUUCUCUGUUUAUAGUAUUUUGUCAAGCACUGUGUGGACUUCAAUUCUAAUUCAUAGUUUGUAUCAUUCGAUUAAAGAUAGAGAGGCAAAUCAGUAUAUGCAGUCUUAUUAUCCAGGAUUAGGCUAUGGAAUACCAUUAUUAAUAUCUAUAAUGUAUGUAUUGUUUGUGAAAAAGACCAAUAAUAAUUGAUGCAUAUGGUUAAUACUACCCAAUGUCUCAAACAAAUUGUUUCUUUGAUGUCAACAACCGGAAUGUGUAACUAUAUACAAUGAUAUUCUUUAAUAUCCCUAUUUGGAUAAUGUUUUUAUAUAACCUUAUAGUUAUAAUACUGGCGAUUAGAAUUAAUAAAAAUUUCACUUAGUCUUUGUAUUCCAUAUACAUCUAUUAAGGAAUUUUGGCUGUCUGUUGGAUAAUUGUAAAAUGACAUUUUCAUAAUUUUAGCCUAGCGUCGUGAAUGUGUUUGGUAUCACAUCACUUAUAUGGAAAACAAUUGAUUUUGGUUUGGGUGGUUUGAUUGGCUUUUUGAAUUCUUUUUGGUUUAGUUACACAGCAUUGGCAGAUAGGUUGUCUUUCGAAAAUGGAUAAUUGGUAUAGCGCAUUAAGGAAAAUACUGCUGAAUAAGAAUUAGCUAAAAUUUGA